AUGUCGGAGUUUCUUGGAUCCCGCAUCUCCCUGAUUUCAAAAAGCGAUAUCCGCUACGUCGGCACCCUACACGAGAUCAACUCGGAAGAGUCCACGGUCUCGCUCGAAAAUGUGCGAUCGUUUGGCUCAGAGGGCCGCAAAGGCAGACCUGCAGAGGAGAUCGCUCCAUCUGAACAGGUUUACGAAUAUAUCGUAUUCCGCGGUAGCGAUGUAAAGGACCUCCGCAUUGAGGAGCACCCUGGCAUCAAGGAAAACAAGCCUCCUGCCGUCCCCGAUGACCCUGCUAUCCUUGGAGCUCGUCCCCGUGGCGCACAAGGUGGCAACCAGAACGUACCUCCCCAGGGGCCCCCUCAAGGACCCCCAGGACAACAAUUCCCUCCCAAUCCCAACUUCCAAGGUGGUCCUCCUGGUCAAUGGGGUCGUGGCGGCCCUGGCCCCGUGCCUGGCCCUGCAUUCGGCAACAUGCCCUAUCCUUACCCUCCUCCUCCAGGCUGGUUCCCGGGCCAAGCUUUCCCGCCCGGCGGUCCUGGUGCUCCUGGCCCCUGGCAAAACCAGCCUUUCCCCCCCGGUGGCCCUCAGGGUGGCCCUGGACCUCAAGGCCCUCCCCAGGCGGGAAAGCCCGAGCCACAGCCGGUUGAGGCUCCCUCCGGUCAGGAUGCAAAGACUGCACCUACGCCUCCUGUCGAAUCCAAGCCCUCCACUGCUGCCGUCAAAGCCGCCGCCUCCAACCUCAACGCCAACGGAGCACCUGGCCCCAACCAAAGAAACAAGGUCAAUCCUGUAAUUCCUUUGACCAGCGCCGGUACCAAGCCGUUUUCUCUGCCCAACGCGGAACAGCGCGCAGCUCAGCCUGCCCCUGGCCCGGCCGCAGGGCCAAACAGCGUUCAAGAUGCCACCAGCGCAGCUCGAGCUGCUGUUGCCGUCGCCAUGGCCCAGCUUGGCAACGGCGUAGGCAAUGCCAUGGACAACCUCACCAACAAGGUCAACGAAAUGAAGGUCAAUGCUGGACGUCCAGCUACGGCUCCUCGCGGUCGCGGUCGUGGCGGCAGAGUCGCAGCUGCCACCGUCAAGGUCGAGGUCCCCAACUCAGACUUUGACUUUGCCGAAGCAAACAAGAAGUUCAACAAGGACGAAAUCAAACAGCCUGGCGAAGAAGCUGAAGGGGCCGAGGUCGAGGAAGCCGACGGCUCCGACGCUACACCCGCUGUGUACAAUAAGUCCACUUCUUUCUUCGACAACAUCUCGAGUGAGGCCAAGGACAGAGCUUCCACCGGGCAGAAGCCCGGUGGCCGCGAGUGGCGUGGCGAGGAGCAGCGCAAGAACAUGGAGACUUUUGGCCAAGGCAGCGUUGACGGAGGAUACCGCAACUAUCGUGGCCGUGGCCGUGGACGUGGCGGCAGAGGUCGAGGCGGCCGUGGCCGUGGUGGCCGACCUCAGUAUCAGGCCGGUGGCGGCGACCUGUAG